GUUACAGAUGAAAGUGACUUUAUAAAUAGACUGGGUUGCAGCAAAGAGGACACCUUUAAGGUGGUGGCCAUAUUUGGUAAUACUGGUGAUGGGAAGUCUCAUACACUCAACCAGACUUUCUUUGGGGGUUACGAAGUGUUUAAGACCUCCACCAGCCAGUCAUCUUGCACCCUGGGGGUCUGGUGUGCCUUAAACCGACAACACAAGGUAUUGCUUAUGGACACCGAAGGUCUGCUAGGAUCAUCAUCCAAUGAAAACCAACGCACUAGACUUUUGCUCAAAGUCCUGGCCAUUUCUGAUAUAGUGAUCUACCGCACCCGAGCGGAGCGCCUGCACACAGACAUGUUUGUGUUUCUCAGCAACGCUUCUCAAGCGUAUCUCAAGCACUUCAAGCAGGAGCUGCGGUUUGCUUCUCAGAAAUACGGGAUCUCAGAGUCUGACUUGGGACCAACACUGCUAGUGUUUCAUGAGACUGUUUAUACAGAGGUACUAGGGGAUAAGAAAGACAUUUCUGCGGAUGGAAUAUUACGACAAAUGUUCAAGUCAAAAGAGAAUCCAGUGGAUGCAUUCCCAAAGAUUUGUUAUGUUGGCACCAAGACUGUCAAACCACCGACAGAUUUCUCUCGACUGCAGCUCUGUGCUGAUGCUCAGAUUCAGGAUACAUCUGUCCGGGCUGCUCGCAAGCCAGAAAUCAUCUUCCGGUCGUUAAAGGCUUUGAAUGACAAGUUCAGUCAGAAGAUUGAAACACCUCAGCUCAACACAUUCCCAGACCAGUACUUCACUUGCACCAGCAGAUGUCUUGCUUGCAGAGCUCGGUGUACCUUGAGCAUGAAUCAUGAGUCCGAGGUGGAAUCACAUGACGCUGGUCAAGACAAACUUUGUGAAUAUCAGAGUGGCUAUGGGAACAAGGUGUUUAUGUGUAAGAAUUGUCUGCGAAACAAAAAGCGGGUAAUAGUGGUGCCAAAAACCUCAUGUUCAGCCGACAACUCUUGGAUGGGAUUCACAAAGUACAUCUGGUCAGGGUACGUCUACGAAUGUUCAAACUGUGGUGUCAUCUAUAGAAGCAGGCAGCACUGGUAUGGCAAUGAGGAUGAGGAGAAGGUCCUACAUGUGGAGUUCAGACAUGUGUGGCCACAGGGUCCAUCUGCUUUAGACGGGACACACAAUGCAGCUAGGAAGAUUAUCGACAGUUUCCAUUUUCUAGCAGACACGGUCAGCAGCGUCGGGGCUCGACCCACCAAGUAUUUAUCAGAAUGGACAGCAGAUAAAAUCAAUCCAUCUUACUGGAUGCCAAAUUCCGAGAUUACGGAAUGCGCCAAAUGCCGGCAGACUUUUGACUGCACAGAGCAGAAACACCACUGUCGAGCUUGUGGCAAGGGCUUCUGUUCUGUCUGCUCAUCCAGGAAGCGACCGGUUCCAGAAAGAGGCUGGGGCAUCGAGCCAGUUCGUGUUUGUGAUGCAUGUUAUGAGAAAUCAGACACAGGUACAGCAAUACACAAGGAGACUGCAGCUGAACAAGGGGACCUAACAGCCAGAAGAGUAGGCGAAGUGGUGACUACUACAUUUAGUGCCAUGGCGUCAGCUCUGGAUUAUCCUCUGGGCGUGAUCAAGAAUUCGGCCAAACCUGCAUACUGGGUUCCAGAUGAGGAAGCCAAAGAAUGCUGGGUAUGCAGGAGAAUUUUUGGUCCUCGCCUGGCAAUUCAUCACUGUCGAGCUUGUGGCCAGGGAGUCUGCGAGGACUGCUCGCCAAAUAAACGGGCUGUUCCUCUGAGAGGCUGGGAUUAUCCUGUGAGAGUUUGCAAAAAAUGUGAGAAGAAGACCGACAAAAUUUGA